AUGGCAACCGCACCUCCAACCUUGACCGAUCCACGGUCUUACUCGUACUCCUAUUUGAACCUAGGUCCAUCUCCCCCUAAGUCCAAGCCUUUCACGACAUACCACAGCUCAUACUUCCAUAGAUCCCAAGCUCGCCGCAGUCCCCCAUUGGUUUUAUAUCUAUUAUGCAGAGCCGAUAUCCCAGCCGAGCUUGAAGAAAACACCCUUCAAGUGACCAAGUUUGCUGGAUACUUCCUUAACAUGUCAGGAAAGCCUCCGGGCUUUUGUUGGGACUCAUUCAAGGAUGCGAUUAACCAUCUACCAGAUGCCAAAAUUGCUUUCGGUGUCCAUGACAGUACCACUUUUCACCAACAGAAUUCCAGAGAUACGAAUGUGCUCGAUCAGGUCGCCCAUUAUAUUGUCAAUGUGGUUGCCGUUGGGGUUAAAAAAGAUCUGCUAAAAACGAAAUUCGACUCCGUUUUCGAAAGCUCGUCAUACAGCAACGUAUGUUCGGGGAAGGUCAAGUCUAACUCUGGUUAUACUUAUGGGAUCGUAUUCGCGUUCCCGAGCGGUAAAAAAAUAUUUGAUUCUGUGAUUAUUACAAUCGACGUGAAAACGGAAGAGGUUAAAAUUAGACGAUACGGCCUCAUUUCCUCGAUUCGGGGUAAUUACAUGGCUACGAUUACCGCAGCGCGUCUUACAGUAGACAAGACCUUCGAGGCUCCAGAUGCAGAUCGAUAUAAAUGCUGA